UGAAAAUAAAAUCCAAAUUGAAAAACAAAACUUCAAGAAUAUAUUUUAUUUCUGCAAUAAAAUGCAGAAAGAGAGGGUACUGUACGUUUAAAACGACACUGAGAAAGGGAAAGUUCAGUUUUAAAUUUAUUUGUGGGUUAUUUUUUUUCAAUUCAAACUCAAACAAGGAGACACAAAAGAAACCCCAACUCGCCGGAGCUCCGGAAACAGCUGAUAAUACGAUGGACUCCUUGGGUCCGAAUAGAUUUGACAUCUUCGAGAUUUAUCGGCGAUUCUGUGAGCUUAGAACAGGAUUUGGAUAUGUUUCUGGUGAAAAAGGCCACCGACAAGAUGAGGAGUUGCAAAGAGCUAAGUUCUCGAGGGAUGCAUUGAAUCAGCUCUUGAAGAUGGCAGAGGCAAGGAUGCAGACAAUGAAUGCAGUCUUUGAUGAACUUCUCAAGAUCAUGCUACAGCUGGACUUGACGGUAGACUAUUCUGAAUUCUCACGCUUCUAUGAUUUUGUUUUCUUCGUAUGCCGAGAGAACGGUCAAAAGAAUAUUACUGUAAGCAGGGCAGUUGCUGCUUGGAGAUUAGUCUUGGCUGGCAGGUUCCGUUUGCUUAACCAAUGGUGCGACUUUGUUGAGAAAAAUCAGCGGCACAAUAUUUCUGAGGAUACCUGGCAGCAAGUUUUAGCUUUCAGUCGGUGUGUACAUGAAAACCUAGAAGGGUAUGAUCCUGAAGGUGCUUGGCCUGUUUUAAUUGACGAUUUUGUUGAGCAUAUGUAUAGAAUUUCAGGGCCGAAUAAAGAUAGAAAUGUUUUCUGUAGCGGUGGUGAUUUGGAGUCCCAGUCAUGUGCAAUUGAUGACACUUUGCCCGGAUUAAAACUAGUUCCUGGGUUGAAGAGGAAGUUGCGUGAAUGCAAUGAUGAUAAAAUGGAGUCCUGGAAACCAUUCUUCUCGAACUCUCCGAACCCUAAUUGCACAUCGAAUUCCAAGAGCAAUAGGUGGAUCUCGAGCCAAUCUGUUAACAGGUUAGAUAAUCUUCUCCCGAAUUCAUCUGAUGAGUGCAUGGGAAUCGUUAAACACAGUAAUCCAAUGGGUUGUUGCAAGUCUCCUUGUGCAGUCCUGUCUAAGGGUUUUGCAGGGCUGUUAUGGAAUUGCUCGAAUAUGCAGUUUGAUCAGGAAAGAAGAGUUCCGUAUACAUAGACGCUUCGGCUCGAGGUAAAACUAUAGGGGAAAAAAAAGAACAUGUAUCCUUUGCAAGUCUAUGAGCUAGAUAUGUUGAUGGGGGAGUGGCAAUAUUUUGGGAUGAUUUCCUUUUUUUUGUUGUAUUUGGAUGUUUGAGGGGUGCUUGCUAAUCAUUGGUUUGUGAGUCCAGAAAUUAA